AUGGGUGCAUUCCAGAAGGGUGCUGGCCUGGUGCUAUUUUUGGCACAGUUUGCACCUGUCCAGUCUAUGAAGCUUGACAGCAAGGAUGGCAUUUUAGACGCGUCUAAGGGUCUUGCUGGGGAUCUCAUCAGUUUCUACAAGGGCAAUGAGACUGGUCAAACCCCUGGUCUUCUGCCCGAAAGGACUAUGGGAACAGAUGGGUACUAUUGGUACCAGUCGGGGGCGUUCAUGGGUUCUUUUGUGGACUAUUGGCAAUUGACAGGCGACAAGACCUACAACAAGCUUGUUACGGAGGGCAUUCAAUGGCAGGUUGGCAAGGGAAAGGACUUCAUGCCCGCCAACAACACUGCGAGCAUGGGCAACGACGACCAGUCUAUUUGGGCCUUUGCUGCACUGACAGCCGCCGAAUAUGGCUAUCCUGAACCCUCUGAAGGCCAACCUGAAUGGCUUGAUCUUGCCGUUGCAGUCUGGGAAGAGCAACGCGCACGAUGGGACACAGAAGUAGCGCAGAAGACCUGCAAUGGCGGUCUUCGAUGGCAAAUCAUGAUGACCAAUGCUGGUUUCGAUUACAAGUCGACACUUGCCAAUGUUCUUUUCUUCAAUCUUGGCGCUCGUCUCGCUAGACUCACAUCCAACGAGACAUACGCCGACUAUGCCUCAAAGACCUGGGACUGGCUCGAGACCAGUGAGUUAAUCGACAAGGAGACUUGGGCAGUCUAUGAUGGUGCUCAAGCUACAGAGGCGACCAAGAACUGCUCAAAUGUCAACCAGAUCCAGUGGUCUGCCAAUUCGGCAGGACUAACCAUGGGUGCUGCAUUCAUGUACAACUUUACUGAAGGAUCAGAUGAAUGGAGGAAACGUACCGAGAACCUCGCAUCAGCAACCUUGGAGACAUUCUUCAAAAAGAAUGGUGACUUCAAUGAGAUCGCGUGUGCGAAUAGCAAAGGAAAAUGCCCUCGCGACAUCGUCAUGUACAAAGGCUUCACGCACCGAUGGCUUGCCGUGGCCACCCAGGUGGCUCCCUUCACAGCCAGUUCCAUACUCCCUGUCCUUCGAAAAUCGGCCGAGGGCCUGAAGGCAGAGGGAAAUGGGGGUGAUGCUUUGGAACAGAAGUUCUCUAACUUUGUUGUUGUUUCCAACUUGUUGAUCGAUGACUCUUCUGCCCCUGGACAUCAGAAUGAGACCGGCAAGACGGACAAGGCGGAGGACUCUCCCUCUUCGACAUCCACGCCUGUUUCCAAGUCGUCGUCUGCUGAGGCUGAGGGCAACUCUGCCAUCAAGCUCACAGGUUCAAGUAGCUUCCUGGCUUUAUCCGUUCUUAUAAUGGCUUCCCAAUGGAUCUUGUAGAUUCAUAGCUGAGUAGGGUUGGAACUUGACCUGAUUAUUGCUUGAAUGACGUGAGUCAACGUGUAUAGAGAUUUAUGAGGUGAAAGAAACUAUAGAAUACCUUAACGGCAUGUUCAUAUAAUAAUCGCUGACCCGGUUUGGGCAACAUA